CAGCCCUUUUGCUGAAAGUAGUGUCCCUAGAAUGAUGGAAAACCUGAAAUAUUUGCAGCUGCAUCAGGGUUUAAUGUGGUUCACUAAUGCAUUUUCCUUCAGUAAAAUUUGUUGUUUUGCUAGUUAUUCCUGUUAAAUUUUUAGCAUUUUUAAUAUUGUAUUACUAGAAUCUUGGCUUUAUUUGCAUUGAUAAAUCAUAAAAGCACUUCUUUCUUUUUUUUUCCUGUUCUAUUGAAGAACUUAAGAGUCAGUAAGCCCUGUGGAAAAUGGCCUUCAGUGAUCUUACAUCGAGGACUGUGCGGCUCUAUGAUAAUUGGAUCAAAGAUGCUGAUCCGAGAGUUGAAGACUGGCUCCUCAUGUCCUCGCCUCUCCCACAAACCAUCAUCCUUGGAAUCUAUGUCUAUUUUGUCACUUCUCUGGGACCAAAGCUCAUGGAGAACCGAAAGCCCUUUGAACUCAAGAGAGCGAUGAUAACGUACAAUUUUUUCAUAGUACUUUUUUCUGUGUAUAUGUGUUAUGAGUUUGUGAUGUCUGGCUGGGGCACAGGUUAUUCAUUUCGAUGCGAAAUUGUUGACUAUUCACAGUCACCAGCCGCUUUGAGGAUGGCACGCGCCUGCUGGCUUUAUUACUUCUCCAAAUUUAUAGAGCUAUUAGAUACUAUCUUUUUUGUUCUGCGUAAGAAAAAUAGCCAAGUUACUUUCCUGCAUGUCUUCCAUCACACCAUCAUGCCAUGGACCUGGUGGUUUGGAGUCAAAUUUGCUGCAGGUGGUUUGGGAACAUUCCAUGCCCUUCUAAAUACAGCUGUCCAUGUAGUCAUGUAUUCCUACUAUGGACUGUGUGCACUGGGACCAGCCUACCAGAAGUAUUUGUGGUGGAAAAAAUAUUUGACAUCAUUACAACUUGUCCAGUUUGUUAUUGUCACCAUCCACAUAGGCCAGUUCUUUUUCAUGGAGGACUGCAAAUACCAGUUUCCCGUCUUUCUGUACAUCAUCAUGAGCUAUGGCUGCAUCUUUCUGCUGCUGUUUCUCCAUUUCUGGUACCGUGCUUACACCAAAGGUCAAAGGCUGCCCAAAACUGUGAGAAAUGAAGUCUACAAAAGCAAAGAUCACUGAAACAGAAGCACCAAAUCUGUGAAUCAGUGAUUGAGACUGAGAUCUUAUCUUCCUGGACAAUCAACAAAUAUUUACAUUUGCAGUGCAUUUUGUGUAUUUUUCAAAACCAAGAGCUUGUAUUUUUAUGAUAAGUUAUUGAGGUUUCUGAUAUUUGAGAGCCCAAAGCUCCCAGAUAACUGAGUUUUCUGAUAAUUAGAGCCUAGAACAGCCAGAAAUUUUUCAGCUACUUUUAAACAUAAUCUAAAGGUUUUGUUUAACACAUUUUGUUACAGUGGAAGGAGGAUGUGAAAGAGCAUACAGUACUCUUCAAAGAAGUCCAGCAUAGAUGAAAAAUAGCAUUUGCUAUUUUGAGCACUGAGAAGAGAUCCAAUGCAGUACAAUAGAUUCCUUCUUCCACGUCUGGAAAUCUCUAACUGUGGGCUCUGGCUUUGUCGCUUGUUGACGAUUUUCAAAAAACCCUGUAUCUACUGUAGGGUUGAAUUCCCAUUCUCAAGCGCUAACACAGGUGAACAUUAAAUAAAUUUUUUAGUAAGUUGUCAUUUUAAAUCACUAACGAUAAUUUUUAAUGGCUCUCUUGAGUAGCUGUCAUGAAUUUUGCUGAUAAGAUUUCUUUAUAAUUUUUCUGUUCUGUAAACAGUUGCAAAAUAGCAAGCCUUUCACUUAACACAGGAUGUACUUGACUCUACCCAGUGACUCUAAGGUUAAGUUAUUAUUUUGCAAACAAGGCGAUUUGUUCUGAUGGGAUAAUGAAUGCCUUGCAAUUUUGGAUAUUUCUGCAAAGAGGCAAAUUUGGUCAUAAAAAAAUACUCUCGUUUCAGAGGAAAAAAACUGUCAGUUGUAUUAUAAUGUCACUUAUCCAGAGAAGACUGAGUUAUUUAAGAGUUGUUCUACCUUUUCAAUAAAGAAGGAAAGACAGAAAAAGAGUCUACAUAAUAUUGUUAUAGAUAGACUUGUGUGAAAAUUAUUUUAGAAUUGUGAAUUAGUUAACUGCAAGGAUUUCUUCCAUCAGACCUAUAAAUCAGAUAGUGAAGGACUGAAAUUCAUUUUGCAUAGGGUUUUUUUCUUUGGGAUUGCCACUUUCAAAAAUUCUGUUUCCCAGUUAAUUGGCCUAAUAACGUGUUUAGUGCUUCUGUUCUACCUACAAGUUUGUUAAGUAGUGCCUGGGAUCUUAAAAGCUUGCAAGCAGCCAUCCAAGGCACAACAAUUGGUCUCAAUUUGCCUGGAGCAACAGAGGAAGAAGGAGAAUAGGAGGAGAAAAUGGAGUGUGCGGCUAAUUGCUUCCAUGAACAACUGCCUCCUUAGCCAUGAGAUCGGAAGAACUGGAUGGUGCCUGGUUACCAUUACUGAGCAUUUUGAUCAAAGAUUUUAUGGAAGAAUCCUGAUUGAGAGGUGGAAAAUGCAGAACAGAAUUUAAAAUUCUUGUGAAAGCUAGAUUUUCUGGAGCCACAGAGGCUGGAUGAACCCCUGAAAUUAUUGCCCCGAGAUAAUCUUUAAACCUUAAACCAAAAAUAUCCACUGAAGUCUUCUUGAAACCAAAAAAUAGUUUAGCUUAAGUAGUAAACAAUGUGAGUAUUAUGCUCUUUUAAGAUCUGUCUGUAAGGGAUGAAACUGACGACAACUCAAAAGAUUAGAUAGGAAAUUUAGGAGAGCAGUGACUUUAUAUUAAUGGGGGAGUAACAACUCAGAAAAGGGGGGUGAGAAUGGCUGCACAACUUGAAAAAUGUAAUCAAAGUCAUUGAACUGUACAUGUAGAAACUGUUGAAUUGGUGUAUAUUUUGCUGUGUAUAUUCUCAGCAGCAAUGACAACAAAAAAUAAAAUAAAUUAUUUUAAAAAUUCUGUUUCACAUUUUUUAUUGAAGAACCAAACUGCUGGUCAAUAUAGCUUUGUCCAAGAAACAGUGGUAUUUGGGCAUUUCUGAAUUUUUCCAUAUUGCUUUUUUCCCUUGUUAUGUUUGUACUCAAUUUUAAGUGACUGUUUAUGCUUGUAUGACUUUUAAAAAUUAGUGCUUAUGAACUCCAGUUACUGUGUAACACACCAUGAUACUGUACAACAAAGCCUGAGUUGCCACUUACUGUAAACUGCUAUAGCUGUGUAACACACCAUGAUACUGUACAACAAAGCCUGAGUUGCCACUUACUGUAAACUGCUAUAGUUCUCUGUCUCGC